AUGUUAACAAUAGCGGAAAAGACUUCCGAUGGAAUCAUAUACCGCGCAUCGAAAACGUACCCUGUCCCGGAAGUCGACCUUUUGACGCUAUUGUUUGACACCAAGAUUCAUCUCUCAGCAGCCAAUCCGUCACACUAUGUUACUCCUUCCCGCGCAAGAUCUCUUACAGAAGCCACUACAUCCGCACUACGAAGAUAUUUCAACAUCGGCGCAAAUGGUGCAGGUCAGGAUAUCGUCUCCGUGAUUUCCACAGGUCAUUAUCUCCUCCCCGUGCUUUUCUACGGCGUGGUUGGUGCCGAGGGCGUCUUCUCCGCUGCUUCCGCGGCUAGCACCGCCAGCGAACUGAGCAAGCAGAUUCAAGGCGCUGAAAGUAAGAUCCUGUGCUGCUCAGUAGCAGUCAAGGAUGUUGCGAUUAAAGCGGCCGAGGAGGCUGGGUGGGGUAAGAAUGGGGGCGGGAGGGUUGUGUUGAUGGGAGAAGAAGCGCAGUGGACUUUGCAGGUUGUGCAAGGAAAUGGGGAGUUGGGACCGAAUCUCAUUGAUCUGAAUCAGAGACUGGCUUGGAAGAAAGUUACAGAUCUUGAGACGUUGAAGAAUAGUCUGAUUGUGUUGAUUUAUAGUUCGGGGACUACGGGGUUGCCAAAAGGUGUCCAACUUUCCCAUUACAAUCUUGUCGCCGAAGCGACGAUACCAGGUGGGAUGAUGCGAGACUGGCUAGGAAGCCCAGCAGGAUCCGACUUCGAAUACCGCACCAUCGCCCACCUUCCCGUGGCCCACAUCGCCGGUAUCCAAGGCUACCUCAUCAACCCCUUCUACGGCGGCGGCGAAGUCUACUGGAUGCCGCGCUUCGAUUUCGCACAGUUCCUCGCCUACAGUCAAAAGUACCGCGUAACCAUCAUGUUCAGCGUGCCACCCAUCUAUCUCCUCAUCGCCAAAACUCCUCAGGUCACCGACCAGUUCAAGACGUUACGCAUCGCUAUCAGUGGCGCCGCACCACUCAGUAAAGAGCUCCAACAUGCAGCGAGUGCGAAGCUGGGCGGGGAAGACUGCUUCAUCAGCCAGACUUGGGGAUUGUCGGAGACAUGUGGGUCGACCACCGUUAUGCCUCAUGGGAUGAAGGACGACACGGGGUCUGUGAGUCCGCUUAUGCCGAAUAUGCUGGCGCGCAUCAUCGACGACGAUGGGAAAGAUGUUGAGAUCGGACAGCCCGGUGAGGUCAUUGUUAAAGGGCCUGUCGUGUGUAACGGGUAUUACAAGAACAAAGCUGCGACGGCAGAGGCGUUCAACGGCGAGUGGUUCUCCACGGGUGAUAUCGCCGUGUUUCAAGACGGCCUGCUCUAUAUUGUCGAUCGCAAGAAGGAGCUUAUCAAGUAUAAAGGACUUCAGGUCGCACCAGCCGAGCUAGAAGCCGUUCUAAUCGACCAUGAUGACAUUCUCGAUGCGGCGGUUAUAGGUGUAGAUACCGAAGACGGGACGAACGAAGUGCCCCGGGCGUAUGUGGUUGCCGACCAGAAGAAGAUAUCUGGCGAACAAAUCAUUGCGUACGUGAAGAAGAAUGUUGCGAGUCACAAGCAAUUGAGAGGAGGCGUUGUGUUCAUGGAUGCGAUUCCGAAGAGUCCUUCUGGAAAGAUCUUGAGAAAAGAUUUGAGGGUACUGGCGAAGAGAGAGAAGGGCGCAAAGUUGUAG